CCAGCAUCCCCCGUGCAGGCUAGAGCGGGCCCGACUUCCUAGUCAGAAACGAACGUGUCUGUAUGUUUAUGUGUGUGUUUAAUGAAGAAAGUGCGACAAAGACAAGAGAAAGAAAGCAAGAAAUAAAACACUGACCGGAGGACGGACGAAAUAUUACAGAACGAUCAUUUAUAAGAACAUUAAUUUCUCGAUUUUCGAAUGUGUGUGUGAGAGAGAGAGGCAGGAAGACGCUGUAUUGUAUAUUAAUACACAGUUUAAACACGGCGUUAUUAAAGUCGAAAUAUGAAUAUUUUUCGAUUUCUUGGCGAUCUUGCGCACUUGAUAGCAAUUAUCAUUCUGCUUCUGAAAAUCUGGAAAACACGAUCAUGUGCUGGUAUCUCAGGGCGCAGUCAGAUUCUCUUUGCGAUCGUUUUCACCGCGAGAUACCUUGACCUUUUCACAAACUACAUCUCCCUGUACAACUCCUGCAUGAAGGUGGUGUAUAUUGUGUGCUCCUACGCGACUGUGUUCCUGAUCUAUGGGAAGUUCAAGGCUUCGUACGACGGGAAUCAUGACACGUUCCGGAUCGAGUUCCUGAUCGCUCCGAGCGCGCUGCUGGCGUUCCUGGUCAACCAUGACUUCACCCCCCUCGAGAUCCUGUGGACGUUCUCGAUCUAUCUGGAGUCUGUGGCGAUCCUGCCGCAGCUGUUCCUGGUCAGUAAGACUGGGGAGGCCGAGUCUAUCACCAGUCACUACCUGUUUGCUCUCGGCUCGUACCGGCUGCUCUACCUGCUCAACUGGAUGUGGCGCUUCUUCAGCCAGGGGUUCUACGACCUGAUCGCGCUCCUCUCUGGGGUCCUGCAGACUGUGCUGUACUGUGACUUCUUCUACCUCUACGUCUCCAAGGUUUUAAAAGGGAAAAAGUUGACUUUACCAGCCUAGGACCUCCAGUAUCUCUGCAUACAUCUGGAAAUGAGCUGGAGAGGAGAACCUCUGGGAAAUGUGGUCUUGUAUUUGUAAUAUAAAAUGUUUGUGCCCCUUAAGAACUACAACUCCCAGAAUGCAUCACUUCUCAAUGUUAUUACAAGAUAAACUCCACUCCAAUCUAUUUGCUUACUAGAGGUAAUAUAAAAUAGAGAAAUGUUUGUGUUUGUUUGUAAUAGAAAUUCAGUUACAUUUUAUUAGGGCAAGAAUUACUGUAGUUUUUUUGGGGGGUAUUUAAAUAGAUGGUACACAUUACACUUCUGAAGGCAUUGAGCUGAAAUGCUUGUCUUCUACUUGACUUUCUUAGACUUUUUUCCUGGCCCCUUUACCUUUUGUCUGAUGUUUGCAAUCGUUCCAAGUGCUUCUUAUUAUUAUCGUCACUCAAAAAAACAAAAAACAAAUGGCUAAGUCUGUGUUGCUUUGAGUCCGAGCUCAGCAGCUGCCUUCAGUUCUAGAUACUGGCCAUGGACAUGUGUAACGUACGCUAGAUCAGGGCUUCCCAAACCUUCCCCGAGACCCACCUGUACAGCUGCAUUAGGCACUGUGGCCAACUAUUGGCACCUUUUUUUGUUUUAGUCGUUGCCAGUUGUUAUUUGUUAUUAU